CAGGCAGCCCUGCUCCUUCUGCUGCGCCGCGCCCGCGCCCGGAGCUGCUGCUGCUGCUGAACCGCCCCGCCCCGCCAUGGCUAACCCAGUCGUCUUCUUUGACAUCGCCGCCAACGGCGAGCCCCUGGGCCGCGUCACCUUCGAGCUGUUUGCAGACAAGGUCCCCAAGACAGCAGAAAACUUCCGUGCCCUGAGCACUGGUGAGAAGGGAUUUGGCUACAAGGGUUCCUGCUUCCACAGAAUCAUUCCUGGGUUUAUGUGCCAGGGUGGUGAUUUCACGCGCCACAACGGCACCGGCGGCAAAUCCAUCUAUGGGGAGAAGUUCCCCGAUGAGAACUUCAUCCUGAAGCACACGGGCCCUGGCAUCCUGUCCAUGGCCAACGCCGGCCCCAACACGAACGGCUCCCAGUUCUUCAUCUGCACUGCCAAGACCGAAUGGUUGGAUGGCAAGCACGUUGUCUUUGGCCGCGUCAAGGAGGGGAUGAACGUGGUGGAGGCCAUGGAGCGCUGUGGCUCCAAAGAUGGCAAAACAAGCAAGAAGAUCACCAUUACUGACUGCGGGCAGCUCUCGUAAACCCUCCCCAUAACAACUGACCAUUCCUUUGGCAGCCUGGGUGCCAUGCCCUGCUGCAGCUCACCCUUUCCCACCCCGCUCCUGACUUACUGCUGCGUUUCUACUGGGUCUCAGCCCCAUGUGCAUGGUCCAGCUGGGCCGCAGUUACCUUUAUGAGUCUAAAUAAAACGAGUUAAACCACA